CUGUCUGGUUGUGUGGCUUAAAUUGCCACCAGAGAGGCUGGAUGUUAUGAGAGCUCACAGCUACCAGUCCCUGGUGCCUGCCUGUUGGGUCCUCCAGAAACCGGCACCAAGCCACCCCAAAGACUCUCCUUGCAGCCAUGGAAGAGUACUUCUCCGCCGUCCGCAAGAUGGAGCAAACGGUGAUGUUCCCCAGCCUCCUCCGAGAGGUAUCCUUGGAUGAGCACGACAGCAGAUUGGCAGUGGACCUGGGCAACAAAGACCUGUAUGAAUAUUACACGCUGCUCAAAGCCAUCAAGCAGACGGCAGAAGGAGGCCUCUUGUCUCCCGACACCCAGGCAUCGCCCGUUGCUCCCGGUCUGAAAGAUCAGGAGGGCAAAGAGAAAGCAGAUCUGGAAGGGCUCUUUCACUAUCAUGUCUCCAGCUUGUACCGUGUUCUCACGCGGCUCACAGAGACAGCCAAGACCGUGACCUCCAGAUACAACCAGAUCAUGGGGCGGAUCUACCAGAAUGAAAUGUCUCUCAGCUGGUGAGAAACUGGAAAGGGCCUCUGGGGCUACUUUCAUUGGAUGUCUCCUUGAAUGAAUUAUUUGAAGGAAUUGUUUAACCAGCUGACACCUAGAUGUCUGUAUUGCCUGGCAGCCAAACAAGGUUGCAACCAUAUCUGAACAUUUCAAGCACUGACUUUGAUGGAUAAAAAAGAGCUUCCGCCUGGGAGCUCCAGUUUUCCUUCUAAUGUUACUAUCGUCUGAAAAUCACUCGUAAUUUAUAAAAGUAGUAAAGCUUUUUGUACCUGUAAGUAUAUUAUUAGCAGUGGGUGACAAGCCCUGAGAAGUAAUAAAAUAUUUUGUUUUUCUUAA